GGUGAAGAGGUGAAACAAAAAUGGCUGAGGAAGAGUUCAUAUACAGAAUCAGUACGGAACAAGAAUGGGAAGAGUUUCAGAAGAAUGGAUCUUCUUUUGGUGCAGAGAUUGAUAAAUCAACUUGUUAUUAUCAUCUCAGCAAACUCGAUCAGGUACAAUUGACACUGAAGAACUUUUUCUUGAAUGUUAAGGAGGAUCUUUACCUUCUUCAAGUCGAUCCUAAGAAGCUUGGAGAUGGAUUGGUCUAUGAAGCUGUGGAUGAAGUGAAUAGCUUCCCUCACUUCUAUGGUCCAGACAAAACCUUCGUUCCUCUCCCACUAGAUUCUGUCGUCAAAGCUGAGAAGUUAACCUUCACCAAUGGAAAUUUCACCUGCAGCUUCUUGACUUGAUGAUUCACUGGUUUAUGAGUAAUUAAUUGCAAUGUCACUC